AAAAAAUGUCAAAAAAUGACAAAAAACGUUGUUGAUUAUUCUCGGAUGUUGUUUUUUGCAAGUUUUCCAAUUUUUCUUUCAAAAUAAAAGUUACACAAGUUAAAAGUAAAUGAAAGUUAUUGAUAGAAUUCGUAGUUUUGGCACUUAAUUAUAAAUUGCGUGCAAUUGUAUAUUAUAUAAUAAAAACAAAAAGUUAUUGCCCAUCUCUGCUUUGGUUAACCUCAUCAAACAAAUUUUAGUAAUUUUAUAAAGUUCUAAUGAAAUAGGUACAAUGGAAGCUGAUUCAACUACGAACGAUGGCAGCUCAAAGACAAAUGAUAUUGAUAUCGUGCCAUUUCCAACUAGCAAGGGGAAUUUGCAACUCUUCACUGAGCUGACUGGUUCGUCUGGAAAUAAAAACCUUGAGAGUCAGAUAGUGGAGAGACUUCAAACUUUUGGGCUUCUACCCAGUUCAGUCAGGUGUCCUUCGAACAAGCCAGACUGCCAAAUAGUGUGUAAAGCAGCAAGGGUUAUAGACAGAGUGCAAUGGCACUGCGAAGGCUGUGGCAAGAGGCAGCCAGUCCGAAUAUCCUCCUUUUUCCUGCGCUUGCAGUGCUCCUUGCAGCAGGCCCUGCAGAUGAUGCUGGCCUGGUGCGAGGACGCUGAUUGCUAUCAUGCAGCUGAGUAUUUUGGUGUAAAACAGAAAGUAGCUACUAUGAUUUAUGACAAGUUGGAUGAGUUAGCUGUGAAGGAACAAAGCAAGUUGCUUCUCGGUGGAGAGAACAGUGUGGUUCUGGCAGAAAUGUACCCGGAUUGCUUGAACCGCCUGUCGCCAGAUACAACUGAUCAAGCGCAUGUCCACAGAAUACUAAUGCUUGCUGACACCAAUCAUAUCCCAACAGCAUACAAACUUCAUGUGAUAAGGGAUGACUUGAAAAAGCUGUCAACAGGUCCACAUAACAGUCAGUCCCUCCAAGCGGAGAUCGCCGAACUGGUCUCGAGCGUGACGUCGCCGGGCUCGCUGCUGGUGGCCGGUGAGGGCGUGGCGCUGCCUGACGCCGCCUGCCUGCAGCAGCUCACGCAGCACUGUGACCUCGACAUGCAGCACUUCUUGACCACACGUAUAUGGCGGCAGGCCGUGACGCUGUGUAGCGCGUCACGUGACCUCUGCUCCGGCGCCGGGCCCGUCGCGUGCGCGGGCGCAGUCCAACGCUACCUCGAUGCGGCUCUGUUCCGUGUAAGCCGCGGUGGCUGUUAUAGGGGUCUUUUAAACCUCGUGGCAGCUUACUACAAGGACUGUGACGAGUAUAGUGACGGCGCGUGA